UGCGCGGUGCAAUGUGGGAAUGGCAGUUGUAGUUUGGGUUGGCUGUAAGAGGGACAGUAGAGUUUUAAUGUCCGCCAUGUUGGCCAUGGCGUAUUAAACAGGGAAAGCGAGAACGGAGUGAUAGGAGACCGACACCAGUCUACAAAACCUGGGACUCCGGGCCUCGCUCAUUUACGUUGUACAAAACACAAUUCCAUCAUUUAACGUUUGAAACAAAGGAUCUAUCAAUGAGCGCUCCAGCUGGCAUAGAUUUAAACUGUAGAGAUCGGAUACAUUUAUAUUGAAAAAAUAAAAUGAGUAAAUUGUCGUUUCGGGCACGGGCGCUGGAUGCGUCCAAACCAUUACCCGUAUUCCGCAGCGAGGAUUUACCAGACUUGCACGAAUAUGCCUCUAUUAACAGGGCUGUUCCGCAGAUGCCAACGGGGAUGGAAAAAGAAGAAGAGUCGGAACACCAUCUUCAGCGAGCCAUUUCAGCACAGCAGGUAUAUGGAGAAAAACGAGAUAACAUGGUUAUUCCUGUUCCUGAAGCAGAAAGCAACAUUGCCUACUAUGAGUCAGUCUAUCCUGGAGAGUUCAGGAUGCCAAAGCAGCUUAUUCAUAUACAACCACUUGGAUUGGAUACUGAGCAACCAGAUUAUGAUUUGGACUCUGAAGAUGAGGUGUUCGUGACUAAGCUGAAAAAGAAAAUUGAAAUCUCCCAUUUCCAGUUUGAAGAGAUGAUUGACCAUCUUGAAAAAGGGUGUGGGCAGCAGCCAGUUACUCUACAAGAGGCUAAGUUGCUGCUUAAGGAAGAUGAUGAACUGAUCAGGGAGGUGUAUGACUACUGGAUUAAGAAAAGAAAAAACUGCAGAGGUUCAUCUUUAAUCCCAGUGGUUAAGCAGGAAAAGAGAGAUGGCUCCAGUACUAAUGAUCCUUAUGUUGCAUUUAGAAGACGUACAGAGAAGAUGCAAACUCGAAAGAAUCGGAAGAAUGAUGAAGCAUCAUAUGAAAAGAUGUUGAAACUUCGUCGGGACUUGAGCAGAGCUGUAACCAUUCUGGAAAUGAUUAAGAGAAGAGAAAAGAACAAACGGGACUUACUUAAUCUAACACUGGAAAUUUUGGAAAAAAGAAAUGUUUUAGGUGACUUUAGUGGCGAAAUCAUGUCCGAAAUCCUAGCAGAGCGGCAGCCUUUAAAGCCUGCAUAUACAGUCCCGAUCAUUCCUCUUUCAAGUAGCAAUCCAUAUAAACAUUCGGAUCAUCUGGACUUGAAAGACUUUAAAACUAGUAAGCAAGAGAAAGGUGAAAAUGUACGACCAAAAAGGAAAUAUGAGAAGAAAUCCAAAGUCUUAUGUAGUGCACCUCAACAGACUAGUCCUUCUGUCUUGUCCAUCAGUAAUGCAAAAGAUUUGAACCAGUAUGACUUUCCCAGUUCAGAUGAAGAACAUUUUUCUCAAGUUUUCUCUGGCUCUUCGGAAGCUGAGGAAGAAAAUGACCCAGACGGUCCCUUUGCUUUCCGCAGGAAAGCAGGUUGUCAAUAUUACUCGCCUCGUUGUGACCAGCCUGGAAGUUGGCCUUGGUGCAGCUCUGAAGAUGGAGGAUCAGGGGAUUUGCGAUACAGAUACUGUUUAACUGCCCUUUCUGUGCCCCAGACAUGUAUUGGAUAUGCAAGGAAGCGUGUAGGACGAGGUGGAAGAGUGUUGUUGGACAGAGCAUAUUCAGAGAACAGUAGUAUAUUCCAUGAAUUGGAUUUUGACAGUCUUUCCACUUCACAGCACUCUUCAGUAAGAGAUGUAGUUAAUACCUCAGAAACAAAUACCUCGGACAACCUCAGUCAGAUUCUAGCAAAUGUUAAAUCAUGUCGAUGGAGAUAUUUUAAACCCCGAAUAUCAUCACUUCGGGAAAGUGACUGUGAUGAGCUUUUCUCUAACAAACUGUUUAGGGGCAUACAUCGGACCUCUUCAGCACAGCCUGGGACCCAGACAUGCAGUACCUCUGUGCCCAGCAAAAACAGCAGUAAUUCAAUUCAGUCUGCAUUUACAGCAGAACAGUUCCAGCAACAUCAGCAUCAACUAGAGCAGAUGCGCAGACAGCAGCUUGCACAAAUUCAGAAUCAACAAGCAAAUGGAGGUUCUGCAUCUAACAACUCACAGGUUUGCACUUCAAAGACAUUGGAUUCUAUCAGUGCCCAGUUUGCUGCCUCUGCCUUGGUAACAUCAGAACAGAUAAUGGCAUUAAAACCUAAAGAGGAGGUGGUGCUUGGUAUUGGAGUAAAUGGCAUCCUUCAAGCUUCAGGUGUAUAUAAGAGCUUACAUCUAACCAGUGGUACACCUGCAGCACUUGUACAUCAGUCACCGUCAUCAGCAGGUUCUACCUUUUUACAACCCUCCAGCAACACACAGAUUUCAAGUUCUCAUAGUGCACUGAGCUAUCAUGGGACUGCUGGCAGCUCAACAACUCAAGUCUUAAUUGGGAGCAAUAUUAGGUUAACUGUACCUUCUUCAGUUGCUGCUGUAAACUCAAUCACAACACUCAAUGCACGGCAUAUAUCUAGGACUAUAACUACGGUUCCUCCAUCUACCUUAAAACUGGCUGCAGCAGCAAAUUGUCAGGUGCCCAGGGUUCCAGUUACUUCCUCUGUGGAUGUAGUACCAAGGGAAGACCUUGAUACAGAAAAGCCAGCAUUGAACAGUAUAGCAGACAACACAGUGGCAAUGAAAGUGACGUAGCAUCAGUGAAACAAAGCCUGCAGCCUUGGGAACUUAUCUUUGGUGCUGUGCAUCGAUAGCAUUAUAAAUGCAAGGGAUGGUGGAAUACAUUACGUUGUGUUUCCUUGGCAUCUGUGGGGACUUAAAAGCAAAUGCACACCUCUCAUGCUUUUUAUAUGUAUGCGUAUGUGUGUGUGUGUGUGUGUGUGUGUGUAUGUGUGUGUAUAUAUAUAUAUAUAUAUAUA